UGGAAUGUUGAGGCCACCGACCGACCGCAGUUUUCUCUCUCUCUCUUCAUAGCCAAGCUUCUGUAUUUUUCAAUCUUCUUUGUUUAACUUCAUUCAUUCAUACCAGUUGAACGAAUUUUGUGGGUUUUUGUGGGUUUUCAUGUUCGAGGCAGACCAUAUUUGAUGAUCUUUCUAGCUUAGGGGAAGAAAAUCUAGUAUUUUCUCCUUCUGGGUAUCUUCAAUUUGUGCAGAUUAGCAUUUUGAAGAUGAAGAAAGGUAGGUUAGACAUGUUUGAAUCUAUAAGUCGUCAAAGAUCGCUUCAGAUUUUGAUCUUUGUAGGGUUUCUGUACAUAUUUAUGGUCACUUUGGAAGUUCCGUUUGUGUUCAAAAACGGAUUUAGCUCUCAAGAUGGGUUUAAUGGGUUUUUCAGUGAGUCGUUGUCUCGACCUGAUAUGCUUCAGAGUGAGCAUGAAAUGGAGGAAAGAGAAGCACCGAUUCGACCCAUGAAAAUUCCAUUGAAAGCCUCGAAUCAGCCGUCUGAAUCGUUUAUACCUGGUAGGCGAAGAAUCUCAGAGGGGGAUAUUCUGUCAAGGGUUAGUUUUGUUGGGGGCUCUGUAAAUGAUACUGGAGAUGGUUUUUCCAGCUUUCAGAAAUUGGCUAAGGAAGCUUUUGAACUGGGGAAGAAUGUUUGGAUUGAGAUGAAAUCGGGGAAAAUCCUUGAUCAAAUUGGUAAGAAGGGUAUGGAGAAUAGAACAGAAUCAUGCCCGAAUUCGGUUACACUCCCGGGAGCUGAAUUUGCAGAACGAGGAAGAAUUAUGAUGCUUCCUUGUGGAUUAACAUUGGGAUCGCAUAUCACGGUUGUAGGGAAACCUAGGAAAUCUCAUCCUGAGAAUUCUCCAAAGAUCUCUUUGUUAAAAGAUGGACAAUACUUGAUGGUGUCUCAGUUCAUGAUGGAGCUGCAGGGAUUGAAAACUGUCGAUGGAGAAGAACCACCUAGGAUUUUACACUUCAAUCCUAGGUUAAAAGGUGAUUGGAGUGGAACCCCUAUAAUCGAGCAGAAUACAUGUUACAGAAUGCAAUGGGGAACAGCUCUUCGAUGUGAAGGAUGGAAAUCCAAGGCUGAUGAUGAUACUGUUGAUGGGCAUGUUAAGUGUGAGAACUGGAUUCGUGACAACGAAGAACAAUCUGAGCAAAAGAAAGCAACAUGGUGGUUGAACAGGCUGAUUGGCAAGACGAAGAAGGCGACUGUCGAUUGGCCAUUUCCAUUCGAAGAGGAAAAGCUUUUUGUAUUAACACUUAGUGCUGGUCUAGAAGGUUAUCAUGUUAAUGUCGAUGGGAGACAUGUUACCUCCUUUCCUUAUCAUACUGGUUAUACGUUAGAGGAUGCGACAGGAUUAUCAUUAAAUGGGGACAUAGAUAUUCAUUCAAUAUUUGCUGCUUCAUUACCAUCAUCACAUCCAAGUUUUGCCCCUCAUCGGUUUCUUGAAAUGUCUAGUAGAUGGCAAUCUCCGAUUGUUCGUGGAUCAGUUGAACUUUUCAUAGGCAUACUCUCAGCAGGUAACCAUUUUGCGGAAAGAAUGGCUGUGAGGAAGUCAUGGAUGCAGCAUAAGCUUGUUAAGUCUUCUAAAGUAGUGGCUAGGUUUUUCGUAGCAUUGAAUGCUAGAAAAGAAGUGAAUGUGGAGUUAAAGAGAGAAGCUGAGUUCUUUGGUGAUGUUGUUAUAGUUCCAUACAUGGAUAAUUACAACCUUGUUGUUCUGAAAACUGUCGCCAUCUUCGAUUAUGGUGUUCACACGGUCUCUGCAAAGAAUGUGAUGAAGUGCGAUGAUGAUACGUUUGUUAGAGUGGGUGCGGUUCUUAAGGAAGUAAGGAAAGUAGGUGAAGGAAAAAGCUUUUAUGUCGGAAACAUAAAUUACUAUCAUAAGCCUCUUCGAUAUGGCAAAUGGGCCGUGACAUUUGAGGAAUGGCCAGAAGCAGAUUACCCUCCUUAUGCAAAUGGCCCGGGGUACAUCGUAUCAUCUGAUAUCGCAGACUUCAUUAUAUCCGAAUACGAAAGUCAUAGAUUGAGGCUGUUUAAGAUGGAAGAUGUGAGUAUGGGAAUGUGGGUCGAGAAGUUUAACUCGACGAGAUCAGUUGAAUAUGUACACAGUUUGAAAUUCUGUCAAUUUGGUUGUAUUGAAGAAUAUUAUACAGCACAUUAUCAAUCUCCAAGACAGAUGAUGUGUUUAUGGAACAAGUUACAAGAACAUGGGAAACCUGUUUGUUGUAACAUAUGAUCAAAAAACAUCCACAACAUAGUAGUUGGGCUGGAUGUGUUUGAUUGUUGUUUAUGUUUUUGUUUUUUUUGUUAGCUUUUAUUGUUCAAUUUCUGCGAUUGAACGAUGACAGUUCUGUAGCAAUCAAACUAGCCCUCGAGAUUUUAGGGAUCAAGUUUUAACAAUCAAAUGAGAACCAAUUCUGUUGUAUUAUUCCUUUUCUAUUUAUUUACAUGUUGUAUCAAUAAUAUUAUUAGCUUUCUUUAAUUAAUUAAUUCAUUU